AUGGGGGGUUCGGAAUCCAAGCUUGCCUUCAAGCAAGGCAUAUUUAGACUUUCAGAGGAGACCAACAUUGCCGCUGAUGAUUCGUAUUGGACUGGGUUCUGGGAGCUCCCUGAGUCAACCGAAGAUGUCUUUAGCUUGUUCUCUCCGGCUGAUAUACGACGCACUCGAGAUGCCUCGAUAGCCAAUUUAGAGACGUUGAUAUUGGCGAUUACCUCCCGUCUCAUCGUCCUCAAGAACCAUCCCUCAUUUCCAGACCCAGAUCUCGCCCCAGAUAGAGACGCUCUGAACUGCAUUCGUGUCCUCACCCGUAUUCUCCCCUUCAUAUACGAGUCGGAAAAUUUAGAAGCAUGGGAGAAUAAAUUUUUCUGGGGAAAGAGGAGGAAGAAGCAUCGAAAUGCGCAAAUAGCGUCGCAGGUCUUGUUCGAUGGAGCUGAGGUCGAGGAUGAAAUGCGCCGCCCAAAUCCAGAGGAACAUGCUAACGAUUACUAUGACGCCAAACCUUUGGCGGAAGAACUUAUUGAUACCUUGGUGGAUUUGCUGUUCUACGCAGGAUUCACCGUACCGACGACACCGAAUGCGAAGGCAAAGGUGGUGUACUCAAUAUGGCAGAGCGGAGUGGGCUGUAAUAUUGCUAUGGGGUCGAAUAGGGAAUUGGAAAGCAAUCGAUGCGAGAUAUUGAGACUCUUGUUAACGUUAUCAAGCAAGUCUAUGUAUAUGCCCUCUACUUUGCUCCCAGUUAAAGGAGUCAAAGCCAUUACGUAUCUUGUUUCAUGCCCCGACAAGCAGGUGGUUCUAUCGCUCCUAUGCUCCUUGUUGAACACAACAAUAAAGUAUAACCCAACACCUUGGAGGCUGCCAUACGACUAUGUUGUUUGGAAAGACCCAAAACAAAUUCUUGUCAUCUACAGUCUACAGUUGCUCCUGGCUCUGCUUCUUUAUCCCAUUCCGGAAGAUGGACGCGGAACUCCUCCCAAAAACUACUAUCGACAUUUCUUUGGCCGGUUACACCGCCCUCAAGAUUUCCAAUUCAUCGUUGAGGGCAUGACUAGAAUUCUCAAUCAGCCGAUGCAAGCAACAACGUCGUACCUACCUGGCAGCCAAAAAUCAGUCAAAUGGGCGCCGGAAAUGAUUAUGCUUUUCUGGGAAGCGCUGCAAUGCAAUAAACGUUUCCGAUCUUAUAUCAUUGAUUCCGGUCGGGCUCAUUAUUUCUUGAUUCUUUGCAUAUUCUAUGCCAUCGAGAACAAAACCGAUACUUCGAAACUCGGUGUAGUAAAAAUGUGUGUCUUUGUCCUGCAGACACUAAGCGUUGAGCCAAACUUCGGAAAGAAUCUCAACAAGAAGUUCGAAUGCCAGGAUACACUGCCGCAAAGUGUACGACUGCAAAAUUUUCGAGGCUCCUAUGCUGAUUUCUUGAUCAUUUCCAUACAUACUCUUUUGACGACAAGCAAAGGAAAACUUGAUGCGGUAUAUCCGGCGUUAUUGGCAAUUAUUAACAAUGUCGGCGCCUACUGCGAGCAUUUAUCAGCCACUACCUGCUCUAAAAUUAUUCAACUCUUCGCAUCAAUGUCCUCCCCUAGCUUUUUACUCGCCAACGAAACGAACCACAUCCUCCUGCAUUCACUUCUUGAAUUUAUCAACUCCGUGCUUGAGCACCAGUAUACCAAAAAUCCUUUACUUGUAUAUGCUAUUCUGAAGUCCGCGAAGCAAUUCGAGGCCCUCCGGGCCUUCACUCUAGAGAGUGGACAAGAAGAAAUGGAAAGACAACACCAACGGAAGAAAACCAAUUCAAGUAGUGGUACCAAUGACCCACUAUCAAGUCCUACGAUUUCUCAGGCCGGAAAUGACAACCGUGGCUCUGGCGUUGGACGACGACCCUUAACACACGUACCGGAGGAUGGCACCUUUGCAAUCGGAGACGAUUCCGAUGAAGAAGAAAACGAGCGGCAAAAUACGCCUUCGCAGUCAUCUUUCCCUCUUGAAGACUCUCGAGACACCUCAGUUUCAUCGAAUGCCGAUGAAAAUGUUCCGCUACAACUUCGUGGAAUGUCCGAGAAAGCCCGUGGGAAAAUGCCCGCUGGUCAGGUAACAUUUUCAAGACAGAACAGCAUCACAAGUCUAAGUAGUUAUACACCGACUAUUCCCUCUAGCUCCAGCGGUUUCAUUCCUACAGCUUUAUGGAUCGAAUCCUGGGUCCCUGAACUACCCUUACACACAAUCAUAACCCUCAUCUCCUCAAUACAUCCACACAUCCCCUCAUCCGCCCUCCAGUCCUCUCUAAACCCAGAAGCACGAGCUCUAAUCUCCAACCUCCCCUCCUUCGCCGAGGAACCCUACGUCCACGCACUCCUGGCCGAACCCUCACCAAUCCGAGUGCACCUGUUCGAAUGGUCCCCGCUAUCACUCGGCUGGUACGAAUCACUCCUAUGGGGUUUCAUAUUUGCCAGCGAGAUGGUAGUGGGUUCUGCGUCGGGGUCGACGCCGGGAACUGUUGGGGUGUGGAAUGGGACCUCCAUCAAGUUAUUCAAAGUGCAGGAGACGGCUGCUCAAGGCCCAACGUUGCUGGCCCCCAAGGGGGCUGUGGAUGCGGUUGGUAGCAAUCUUAUGCAGCGUAUUGGGAACUUAAAUCUCCGUGGGCGAGCGGGCGGGAGCGGUUCAGGUAGCACGCAAGAUGGUCAAGGGGAUACAAGUGGUGUGAGGAUGAGGGAGGUUUAA